CUCCAGAGGUAUUUAGAGGUGGCGGUUAUGGCAUCACAGUAGAUUGGUGGUCUCUUGGUGUUAUGCUAUAUGAAUGUAUAUAUGGAAAGGAAGAGUUAAAGAAAAUGAUUGUAAAAGCACCUAUAAAGUAUCUUGAUAUGGACCCUCCUGUCAGUCCGGCUUGCGUCUCCGCGAUUCAAGGAUUUCUUGAACGUGACACAUCUCGUCGUUUAGGAUGUGGACCUAAUGGGUUCGCUCUUAUUCAGAGUCAUCCAUUUUUCCGUAAUAUUGAUUGGCCUUUGUUAGAAAAUAAACGAAUAAAUCCGAUUUUCAAACCUUCGUCAGACCGUAUUAAUUUUGACGCUACUUAUGAUUUGGAAGAAUUACUUCUUGAGGAACAACCUUUAGAAGCAAGACAUAAUAGACGUCGAAGAAGACGUAAAGAUGGUGAAGGUUCUGAGAAGGAAGCACAUUAUCAAUUAAUUGAAGAGAAAUUUAAGACUUUUGAUUAUACUGUGUUUGAGAAAUAUGAAGGUUGGGUUGAUCCUGUAACAAAAUGUGUUGCGGAUCCUCCGGAAUGGGUUAAACCUGCUGCUGUCGAAGUUUUAAAUCAAAUCGAAAGAGGAAGUCAAGAUGGGAUCGGUGCUAAUUCGGGUGAUCUUAGUAAUUUGGCUGGGAUAUCUUUAGACAAUGGAAUCAAAAUUUGA